CUCAUUGCCAUAAUAGGAUCGGGAGCGGGGAUGGCAGCCCUGGCCCAGAAAGGUGUGGGAGGAGGGACGGCGGCCCUGCUCCCCUCACCCCAACACCACGGAUGGGCCCCCGCACCCCAAAAACGCCCUCCAUGUCCCAAACACCCCCUGCCAUGGGAGCGCCGGCCUUAGGCCUGCGUGAGGCCUGGGAGGAAGAGGAGGAAGAGGAGGAAGAGGAGGAAGAGGAGGAAGAGGAGGAAGGCCCUGGCAGCCCCCCCAGCGCUGAACCCUCUCCGGAAAGGGGCUGGGGUCUCCUUCCCAUGUCCCCGGGAGAGCAGGGGGCUGUAGGGCAGGGGGGUCAUGUCCGGCACGUCCAGGAGGGGAUGUUUUGUUUCCCACCGAGUUUUUCCCAGGACUUUCUGGAGCGCCUGAUGGAGCUCACAGGACACCCCCCCACCUGCUGCCCUGCACCCCAGGAUGGGACGGGAUCACCCCAAGCGCUGGUGCGGGACCCUAAAUGGCCUCAGGGGGUGAGGCCCCCGGGGAGGCGGCACUGGGGUGAGCCAUGGCCUCAGGGACCAGUGGGCACCGUGGGUGCUCCGUGGGACACCGGGGAAUCUGUGGGGUCAGCAGGCAUCCCAUGGGAUCUCUGGACACCCUACGGAAGCAGAGAGCACCAAAGAGCUCCUGGACAUGCCACGGGCUUUGCAAAUACCUGUGAGUCCCUGUGCUGCCUGUGGGGUCGGCAGGCACCCCAAGGGACCACACGCUACGCGUGGGACCAGCAGGCACCCGCUGGAAUCACUGGAUACCCUAUGGCACCAGAGAGCAACCACGGGGCUCCUGGACACCCCAUGGGAUCUGCAAACACAUGGGGUCCCUGUGCUAUCCAUGGGGUCAGCAGGCACCCCAUAGGACCACGCACCACUCAUGGGGUCAGCAGGCACCCCAUGGGACCACGCACCACUCAUGGGGUCAGCAGGCACCCCAUGGGACCACGCACCACUCAUGGGGUCAGCAGGCACCCCAUGGGACUCCUGGACACUUUAUGGCACCAGAGUGCACCAGUGGGGCUCCAGAACACCCCAGAGAACCCAUGGAUAUCUGUGGGUCCCUGGGCUAUCUGUAGGAUCAGCGAACACCCCAUGGGGUUCCUAGAUACCCUACGGGACCAGAGAGCACCCUUGGAGUUCCACAACACCCUGUGGAAUACAGGGAUACCUGCAGGUCCCUGUGCUAUCCAUGGGACCCCACAGCAUCCCUGACCUGAUCCCGCGGUACCUGUGGGAGCCGCAGGCACACACAGGAUCCUACAAUAUCAGUAUCCAGAAGGCACCCCUGGGGAUCCCAUGGGAUCCUGUGCCAACCACGGGGACAGCAGGCACGCGUGGCACCCUGUUCGAUCCGUGGGACCCUAUAAUAUCCAUCGGGACACCCAUGGGACCCUAACCUACCCAGGGGGCUCCCAAGGUACGUGUGGGACCCCAGGCUACCCACGGUGCCAGCGGACACCGCACGGAGACCCAGAGCGCCCUAGGGGCGGGACGCCGCGGUAGAUUUUGGGGGGAAAACAGCGGGUUUUGGG